AUGGGCCGAGCGAAGAAGGGGGAGGUCGUGAGGGAGGCUGAGGGGGUCAAGCGUGCUGGGGAGGGACGAGGGAAGGCCGCUACGACGGCGAAGAAUGGGCGGGCUUCUGGCAAGGCGGACGUGAACGGGAAGGAUGGUGACUGGAAGAAAAAGACAAAGCGGGUCAAGCCCAGGAAGAAAGGCUUCUCGCCGGUCAGGUUCGUGGAUGUGGAUCUCCGGCUGCGGGUCUGUGGCGUCCCGUUCGUGGGUGCGAACACGUUAUUGGGAUGCGUACUGAAGCUGAGGGCGAAGAUGGCUCAGGCAGCGAAGGUUGCGAAGAGCGCGAAGUCCACGAAGAGCAAAAGGAACAGCGAGAAGAGCAGACAGAAGUAG